CCUAGGUACAUUUAAUUGGGAGACCCUAGGCUACUUGAUACUUUUAGUGGUCUACUAGUUGGUUUAGGGCCACGUCCUCGGUCACAAUCCGGGUAAUUCCCCCGUGUUACAAUUUUCUGGCGUUGCUGGUAGGAUCUGGCAGUUGGAACAGAUAGUGUUUGUGUGUAUAGAUCCUUUUUUUUUUCCUCUUCUUUCUUCUCUUGAUUUUAAUUGUGCUGGUUCUGUGGUGCUCUAGUAGAGAUCCUUAUAGAUUUUUUUUUUUGGGUGAGAGCAUAAUAGUGCAACAGUAAGCACAUCGUGGGACCUAGCUGGAUAGACGAAGCUGUGACCAAGGAUCAUCAUUUCCUGGUGCGAUGGAUGAGGAACUUCAAGAACUCCGUGUUCGAGUCCAGCAGUUGGAGGCCGAAAGGAGCCGUCUGCAGCAGGAGAGGGAUUCUGCAUUAGCAAGUUCAAAUCGACAGGAUGAUGUACAAGCUGGCCCAAGUACAAGUGGCACUCCGACGAACAGGGGGGCUGAUCGCAUAAUCUACCUACCAAGAGAGAGAAAAUGUCCAAUCUUCAGAGGAACUCAUGGUGUUGGGGUGGAGGACUGGAUAGAAGAGGUUCGCACCAGUAUGCGAGUCCGCCAUGUUGGACCCACAGAUCAGGCUGCUUUCAUUUUUGACCAUCUUGAAGGGGAAGCUCGAGAUGAGAUCAAAUAUAGGUCAUCAUCUGAACGAGGACUUCUUUUCACGGAGACCUGCAAUGAUUGGUCACAGCAGGCACCUGAGGAGAACAUUGAUGAGGAUGAUGUGGCGUCUGGAUCUUGGUUGGUGCUCCGAGAGACUGGCAGUAAUGCAGCCAUGCCAUUGGUACAAGAACCAUCAGAUAUCCCUACAGUUCGGACGCCUGUUGAAGUGCCACAGUCUCCACAAACCUCUCAAAGCAGUAGGGUUGGGCCUAGAAGAUCAACUCGUAAAACUGCUGGAAAACACUCCAAUCCCCAUCGUCUCCCAGUACCUGCAAGGAAUGAAGAUAGUGGGGCUGCUGCUUCUCUGAUCCCUGGUGCCAGCAGCUUGGCUACAGCCAUUUUUCGGCCUUGGUCCUAGUCUUUAUCGUUGGGCCACCGAUCCACAGAGGGGGGGUAGGAUGUAACCGGGUGGUCUAGUGGGUGUAAAUUCCCACCCGUUUUGGGUCCUUGAACACAUCACAGCUCCGUUUCUUUACCUUCACGUCUGCUUUACAGAAUUGACAGGCUCAUUAGCGUAUAUAGGCACCAGGUGUGCAAGCAAGCUAUGAGAGUCGGCUUAGUUUGGUGUGCAGUAGAUUCUUCUGAGCAUUGGGAGCCGUGCUGCU